UUUUGGAGAGCUAAAUCAAAAUUUUGAAAAUAUUUUGGAAAAUCUUGAGAAAUUAUUGUCAAAUUUGACCGAUUCCUGGACAAUAUAUUGAAUAUACUAGUAUAUAGAAAAUCAUCAUGAGUGGGUCACGCUUCGUUGAAAUGCUACGCCAGAUUAACUAUCCAGGCGUGGACAAGCUGGACAGUAAGAGUUUUGAUUGGCUGUUUGAAUAUGAUGAGACUCUACCCUUCCUGGAAUGGACGUGUGACAACCUCCAAUCAGCAAAUGUUUUAAGCAGCAGAGAAAUAGAAGAAUUCAAAAAGUUAAAGCAGCAAGGAGGUGGUAUCUUAGAGGGUGAGCACUUGAAUAAGGCCUUACAUGAAGUUGUCGACACUGGAGAAGAUUGCAGUGAAGGUGCUCUUAGGGAAGAAGUAAAUCUGAUGACUAAUAAACUUAAAAGAUCGAAGAAACGCAAGGAGAAAUUAAUUCAACAAAGAAACAAACUCAGUUUACAUUACACUGGCUUGGGUCAUAAAGUGUCCAGGUUAGGUGAAGUAGAAGACAGAGGCAAGAGAGACUAUUCAGAAUGCCUACAACAAAGUCAGGCUGAUAACACGCAGAUCAACCGUUCCCUUGAAAGGCUCACAAAGAGUGUACAAGAUAUGACAUCACUGUAUAACCAGCCUACACAAUGGGACCCCAGUACUAGUGAUGGUGAGGGGCCCAUGUUCCUCUCCCAAAUGUCCCUGGAUAGCUACCACAACAUGGAAGAUAAAUUCACACAGGCUCUGACAGCACACACUAAGAAACAGUUCUUUGAGGGUAUUGCUGAUAUGGCGGGUGGCCAGGAAGAUAAUCUAAGGCUCCAGAUUCUUGAUGCUGCAGAUGCAGAGACUUUACUAGUUAAGGGAGAAAAGGCACAUGUCAAUGAGGAGAAUAAAGAUGAACUGGAAAGAUUACAGGCUGUAUAUCCUAAAAGUGAGAAACUCAGGCUGAGUGCACAGAUGGAUGAAGCUGUUGCAAAGGCCCUGAAUAACUAUGCAGACAAGAAACUGUCAAGUCUUAGAGAGAACAGCAGGCCUCAAAAUGUUAGACAGCUAAGUUCAAGCAUUCAAGACCUUCAGCAGUCUGUUCAUGUACUGAAUCGUGACAUCACCCCUCUUAUAGAGAAUGACAUCCCAAUGCUGAUUGCAGAGAAUGCACCAUUCCAAGUGUCCAAAAUACUACAUGGUGAUUACGAUCUGAAGACCGCAAGACAAGACUACUUCACUUCAAACCAGGAUAAGUUGAUAAGCUAUCUAGUAGAACAGAGAUCUCGGGGUGAAUUUCUCACAAUGCUGUAUGAGAUAGAGGCCAGGAACCAUAGAGAUACCCAUAGAUUAUUAGCUGCAGUCAAAAUGCAACUGGAGAGAAAUGUCAAAGGGCUUCAAGACAGAAUUGCCAUGCUGAAUGAGCCAGGUUUGAAGCAAACUAGAGAGAGAGAAACCAUUGACACUAGGGAUCCCUUAAACAGACUUUAUGAUGUCAUAGGUCCAAGAAACAAUGAAAGCAAGGAGCAGCUAUUCAUCACAUACUCUGGUCUUGUCAAUGGAGCUGACAAGUUAAAUAGUGACAUCACUGGUUUGAGAGCCUCACUUUCAUCAGCCAAUAGCUAUCAAGAUGACAGAUUAACCAUUCUUGAACAAAAUGUGAAGCUGUGUGAGACAAUAGUGUAUGCAGGGUCAGCCACUUCAGGCACACAGCCACUGCUCAGCCCCCAACAGCUGUUGGACAGUUCCCUUCAUCUGGAGCAGCUCAUUGAUAAGCUAGAAGCUAAUAUAACAGACAUUGCCACUGGGAUUCAAGAAAAGAAAAAGUUAUUACAGGCUGAUCCGCUGAAACGUAUAGAAAGGGAACUGUACACCUAUUUCCACAAUGAUCCAGACAGACUAAGACAAACUCUUCAGGAUAUAUCUCAUAGACUACAGGCACAAAUGGUGAAGUAGAAGAUCAAGUGUCAAACUAUCAAAGACAUUUGUAUUAUUGCACCAAUGUUCUUUUAUUCAUUGGUGGUAAGACGCUAAAUCCAAAAGUAAUCUCAAAAAACAUAAUACAGACUGCAAAUGAAAAAGGAAAAAGAUGCACAGAUUUGAAUUAAAACUUACUUUUUCUUGUAUAGAUGGCAGCGUUGUAUACAGAAAUUAUGACUCCAGUUUGAAUGAAAAUGAAUUUGCAAAAAAGAAUAAAAGGAAAAAAUAAACAAAAAAGCUGCCUAAGGGGCUUAAUCUUCAACUGAUCAAGGCAUGAGAAUAAAGAUUGGAUAGAAAAAAUCAAGUUGAUCAUCUAGACUUUUCUCAGGCCUUGAAAAAUUGAUUCACCAGUUUGGAAUACAGAGCAUGAAUAGACUAUGGGAUGAGAAUAAGAAUUGAAUAGGCCAUAAAGAGAUUCAAGUCCACUCCUCAAAAAUACAGUUCUUUUAUAUUGUUUAUUAGAUUUAGAAAAAAUCUUUUUGAUGGUGAAAAUAUACUGUUCGGAUAACAAG